CGAACGCACGCUUUUCUGUACUGCAUUCGUCCUCUGCCCGUCCUCCGCUCGUCCCCUGAUGUAUUGUACCACAAACAGGACUGCAGCGUCGUGGAGCAUAAGCUGUCUUACAAUACCGUCUCAGUUAAACCCCAUGUUCACAUUACAUCAUGAGUUGUUGCAGCGUUUGGUUACAUGUGGCAGGUCUUUCCAGAUGUUCUCGUCUCGCACUCCUGAGGGCACGUUCAACGACAGCAGCCCUCCAUCAGGGCGUUCCUGGAUCACUGUGGAAGCUUGGGAGACUCAACCACAUUGCCAUCGCUGUCCCUGACAUGGAGAAGGCCACAGCUCUGUAUCGAGACGUGCUGGGGGCCACAGUGAGUGAGAAGGUGCCCCUGCCCGACCAUGGCGUCUACACAGUGUUUGUGGAGCUUGGCAACACUAAGCUGGAGCUGCUCCAUCCUCUUGGGGAGAAGAGCCCGAUUGCUGGCUUCUUACAGAAGAACAAGUCUGGAGGGAUGCACCACAUUUGUAUUGAGGUAGACAAUAUCAACGCUGCAAUAGCUGACCUGAAAGCAAAGAACAUCAGAACUCUGUCAGCAGAGCCCCGGAUUGGUGCUCAUGGGAAACCAGUGAUGUUUCUUCAUCCUAAAGACUGUGACGGUGUGUUGGUGGAGCUUGAAGAAGCGUGAACACCUCAGUCCGACGGGGACCAUGGGAACUGUUAAUUCACAUUGAUAUAUUCUACAGUCAGUCUGAUUAUCACGAUGAUAACAAAUAUUGAUUUGUAAUAUUGUUCCUUUUAGCACUUAGGUUUUGAUCUUCUCCUUUCAGAAAGGUGCCUAAAAGUUGUUCUUCCAGUUCUUUUUCAGUGCUGUUCUUAUUGGGAAUAAAUUGUAUUGCGGCAUGUGUAUUGACAGUUUCCAUAAAGUUUAAUUCCAAUGAAUGUUCAAUGAAUGUCCGUUUGCAUUUGAGUCAGGUGUUUAACGUCACUCCAGUAUCCUACAAAAAACCUGGAGGAUGACUAGGACGACUACAUACAACUGUAUUCUUCAACUGUGUUCUUCCGGAGAAAAUGAUUUAAACAAUUUUUUAAAACAUUUUCAACAUCUGGAAUGCAGUUCCAGCUGAUGAGUUCACAAUAAAUAUAUAAGAAAUGUAAGAUAUAUUAAAUGUUUUUGGAAUUUUUAACCAUAA